AUGAUGACAAUACAACAUUCCAUAAAUCAGACAAAUUCAUUUAUGUUCGGAUUAACUAAAAGUCAUUUAAAUUUGUUGUCAAGACUAUUUUUCAGUUUAUUAUUGAAUUUUCUACCAACAAAUUAUACUGAAAGUACUUCAGUGAUCAAUAUUGGUUCAUGUUUCUCUAAACGUUUAGAUAGUGGAAAUUGUAUUGGUAUUAUGGAAGAGAGUAUAUCACAGUUGGAAUGUUGUAAACGAGGCGGAUACUAUUUAAAUCGUCAAAUUACUCAACAGGAAUAUUUAACUGAUCAUCUACUUUUCGAGUCUGGUACACCGAAUUGUGUACAAGCUUGUAAUGAAGAAUUACCUUCAACAUGUAAAGGAUAUGUUUGUCCUGAAGGACAUUAUUGUCGUAUGAUAAAUAAUGAACCAAGAUGUAUUUGUGGAUUACAAUGUAAUGGAGAUGAUUAUUUAACUGGACCAUUAUGUACAACUAAUUUAAGACGAUUUCGUAAUCAAUGUCAUUUAAAACAAGCACGUUGUGCAUCACCAAAAGAAGGUCUUGAAGUGAUACCAUGUCCAGAUCAAGGAAUACGUUGUUCUGAUUCUAGUAUUCUAGUUAACUAUAAACCUAAUUAUAAGUCAAUACUUAAAACAUUUUAUCCAGAUAAGAUACCAACUUCAUCAUCAUCAUCAUCAUCAUCGUCGGUGUCAUUACCUUCAAAUGAUCAAGUAUAUACUGAUAAUGAAGAUGGUAUCAUUAUGAUGAAUCGUAGAACAUCUAAAGAUGUUAAAAAUUAUAUCCUAUCAGAUAAUCAUUAUUUUGAUCAAUCAAGAUUUGAAGAAAAGACACCAUUUUCAAGUUAUACUAAUGAAAUUACACUAUCGAAAGAAUUAACUUGUCAUUCAAAUGAAUAUUGUUUAUUACGUCAAUUUGAUGGACGUCCAUCAUGUGAAUAUUGGAGUGAAAAAUCAUGGUUAACAAUGAAUCAUUGUCCUGAAUCAACAUUUCAUGAACCAAUGUGUAGUACAGAUAAUCAAACAUACUAUAAUAGUUGUGAAUUAAAAUUAGCUGGAUUGAAGAAUCAAUUAGAAACAAGAAUUGCAUACAGAGGAGAAUGUCGUAGUAAAGUUACAUGUUCUGAUAUAACAUGUCCAAGAGAAGGAGUUUCUAUUAAAAGAAAAACACAAGAAUUUGGUGAUCCAGUAUGGAUGACACCAGUUCAAACACAUGGUUGGCCUGUUGUUUGUGGAUCAAAUGGAAAAACUUAUCGAAAUACAUGUUUUCUUCAUGUAGUCAACUGUUUAAGUGAUAAAUUUGUUGAAUUAAAGAAACCAGAGUUUUGUAGCGAAAAUAUUCCAUCUAUACUUGAUGAUUGGAGUAAACAUUUCGCAAAAUUCUCAUCAUUAUUAUAA